AUGUUAGUGAUCGACCCGGAGAAAAGAAUAUCUGUCGAUGAUGCCUUAUCCCACGAAUAUGUGAAUGUGUGGUAUGAUGCCUCUGAAGUGCAUGCUCCUCCACCAGGCCGCUAUGAUCCAACAGUAGACGGGGAACAUACUGUAGACGAAUGGAGAGCGAUGCUGUUUGCGGAGCUGCAGAAUUACUACAGGACGCACGACGUGUACGGUGUGACACAGCGUCGAUAA